CAACACUGUAUAUCCAGAGCUGUAUGUAUUAUCAAUACCAGAUCGGACAGGCAGUUACAGCUAUGGCAGAUAAACCCGCUCUCCGUAAACAAAAGAAGUAUGACUGGAAGGAUUCGAACCUGGCCCUGUUUGGUACUAAACUGGAGCACGCGGUGAAAAAGGAGUCAUCGCUAUAUGAACCGGCCUGGUAUAACGCAGGGACGAAGGUGGGCAGAAAAAUAUGGCGGAUUGUCAAUUUCGAAGUGACCGAUUGGCCGGAGGAGGAUUAUGGAAAGUUUUACGAGGGCGAUUCCUACAUCAUCCUCGAUACUUAUAAAAAGUCCGGAAGUGACGCAAUCUACCAUCACAUUCACUUUUGGAUCGGGAAAUACAGCACACAGAUUCCCAGGGACAAAAACAAGCUGGAUUCGACUGACGUUUACAUACUUGAUCUUGGCCUGGUGAUUUAUCAGUGGAACGGCAAAGGUAGCAACAAGGACGAGCGGUUCCAGGCGAUGCAGUAUAUUGUGGAUUUAAAGGAACAGCGUUGUGGAAAGGCAAUAUCGGAGGUCCUUGACGAGGAAUCCACGGAGCCAAAGCACAAGUUCUUCACGUACCUUGACGAGGUGGCUGAAAAGGACGACGACCAGUCUUACCAGGCGAAGGACACUAUCAAAGAACUGUACAGGUUAUCGGACGAGAGUGGCAUGAUGUCCUUCAGCCUUGAGAAGACAGGAUCAAUCAAAUUGAAGGAUUUUGAUGAAAAGGAUGUUUUCAUAUUCGAUACAAAAACAGAAGUGUUCGUAUUUAUUGGGAAGGACACCUCCGCCAAUGAAAGCCAGUUCGCUAUGACGUAUGCACAUACGUACCUGAUGCAAACUGACCAUCCCCUUAUCCCCAUAAGCUGCAUCAUAGAGCAGGCCAUCGAUGCUGCCUUUAAUUUCACUUCUGCUUUAGCGGCCUAAUGCAUCAGCCUUCAAGUUCAAUCGUGCUCUUGCAGACUUGGGUCAAGGUCAUUGCUAAGAACUUCCUGUGGCACAGCUCUUAACUUCAAUCCGCUCUGUCGGCCUGGGGGUCAAUAUCAUAAUUGAAGUCCUGACACAGGUUUAAUUACACUUCUGUCUGUGUAGUGGCCACAAGACCAUAGUCAAGAAUAUAAUACCACUAUCAGUUAUUAAUCUUGCUGAUACUGUACCACUGGUGUAGUCCGAAGUAUAUUGCAUAUUUCCAAUCAGAAACAAAAUAAAAUC